AUGCCCGAAAAUCAAAAUGAAGAUUCGAUACCGCUAGCUCCCGGCAUCGCCACCUUCAGCCUGGGAGAACCUUCAAAAGGUGACGAUUCUAACAAUGCUCCGACCUCGUCGUCAGCUGUGAAUUCGGACAAUGAGAACGGGCCGAUGAUUCCCGACGCGAUAGCCCCGCCGGAUUUGAAUCAGGCCAAGAAGCCGAAGAAGAGCGUCUCCACCUAUUACAAGAAACAAAACGAGUUGCUGGAGAAUUUUCAAAAGGACACUGAGCAGAUCCAGGUGUUUCGAAAAACGCGAUUCACGUCGACGUGUAGCGAUGAACCCAGCAAUAGCAAUGGUAAUGGCACCGAAGUUGUUGACGAGACCGCCGAGCCCGGCGCUCCUUUGCUGCGACAAUUGUCUGGCGACAACGAUCUCGAAACUUGUCGGAACGGCUCGAAGAAAUCGCUAAAGAAGCAGCGCUCGGAUUCUUUGCAGGAGAUGAUCGACAAAAACCAAGCAGCUCAGAAGCAAAGUCAAAGCGAGUCGAGGGCGGCCGGCAGGCUUUCUUUCGUCACGCUGCUGAUCAACGUUUCGUUGAUGAUCGCUAAGGCUGUCGCCUCUUACCUCUCCGGCUCGAUGUCCAUUUUGUCGUCGUUAGCUGAUUCAGUGGUUGAUAUCACUACGGGUCUCGUUAUAUUCGGUACUAGCCGCAUGAUCAGGAAGCGGGAUCCCUACUUGUACCCCCGCGGACGUACUCGCUUGGAACCGCUGGCUUUGAUCGUCAUUUCAACUGUGAUGGGCAUCGCCUCGGUGAUGCUGAUCUACGAGUCGGUGAAGCGGGUCAUCACAAAUGACGUAAAACUUGACGUGGACGCCGUCUCGGCUGGUAUUAUGGUGGCCACGAUUUGCGUCAAGUUCACGCUGAUGUGCGUCUGUAGACAGUACGACGACCCGUCAAUCAAUGUGCUAGCGAUGGACCAUCGAAACGACUGCCUGUCCAAUUCGGUGGCUCUCGUCUGCGCUGCUCUGGCUUCAUACUUUGGACCUUCUGAACCGCUCUGGUGGAACGUCGAUCCGUUGGGCGCCAUCAUCGUCUCGAUCUACAUCGCAUAUACUUGGUUUUCUACUGGCAAAGAGCACACUUCGAUGUUGUCGGGAAAGACAGCCGAUCCGGAUUUCAUCAAUCGCAUUAUCAAGGUGGCGCUCGACCACGACAACCGCGUAAAUGGCAUCGACACGGUUUAUGUCUACCAUUGGGGCACCAAAUUCUUGGUUGAGGUCCACAUCAUCCUCGACCCGGAGAUGCUGCUCCGCGAUGCUCACGAUAUUUCUGAGAGUUUACAGGUCAACAUUGAGAGCUUACCAGAGGUGGAACGCGCCUUCGUCCACACCGAUUACGAGUCUGAUCACCAGCCCGGCGACGAGCACAAAGUAGUC